CAUUAUUAAAAAAAUAUUUCAAAUUCCUAAGAAAAAAACAAAAACAAGGUCCAAGGAAAAAGAAAAUAAUAAACCAAAACAUAAAGAACACAAAACAAACAGCUUUCAUUUGAAAUCCCUGUUCUUGCUCUUAACGAGGUUGCAUGCUUCUCUCUUUUCUUUCACUUUCAACACUCUCACUCUCUCAUUCCCUAUAUAUCAGUCAGUGAGUUUCCAAACCCUCAACAAGCUUUGCCUGCAGAACAAAAACCUCUUACUUCUUAUUUUCUGGGAAACCAAGCAUAAGGAUUUUGAGAAAAGAAAAAAAGAAAAGAAAAAAACAGUAGAGCUCAAUGUCAACAACAACUAUAGGAGCAAUAGCAGCAGCGAGGAGGCCCAAAUGGCAUUACCCACCACCAGCACCAACACCAAGAAUCCUCCACUUGCCACGUAGGCCUCGUCGGAAAGCUACCAAGAACAACAACCAUCCCACCGGAAAAUCCAUUUCGGCUUCCGCGGCGACGGCGGAGGCUCGGAAGAAGGAAAGGAAAGGGAAGCUGGAGAUCCUUUUCGACCAAGAACGUGCAUUUACAAGAGCAGGUGUUCCGAUUGUGCUGUUGGAGUAUGAAGGAGAAAGUGAGAGGAGGAGGAAGAGAGUGGAGGAGGGAGAGAAUCGGUGGGAUGGGUCGGUUGUGGAGGAAGAGAAAUGGAGGUUUCAAGCGGAGAUGAUGAGGGCUGAGUGCAAUUUGUUGAGGAUGGAGAAGCGGAUUGCUGUGAAGAAGCUUGAUAGGAAUAGGGUUAAGAUGGAGAAGAUUCUCAGAUCCUCUGUCCAUGCUCUCAUUUCUGGGAAAAAUAAGAUUAGUGAAGGAAACAAUGUGAAGAUGGUAGUGGAAGAAGAAAUUCAACGACUGGCAGAGAAACUAGAGAAGAUGAGGAGGAACUUAGAACGCAAGGAUUUGGAAUCUCGGAACUACAAUAACUUUGACAAGCAAGCAGCUCUUCUUCGAAGACGGUUAGAGUUGUUUAGAGGAACAUCGGAUAAGAUAUGCGUGAAGGAGAUUCAAGAGAUGGCAGAAAUGAGCUUGUCCAUCAAAUCAAAAUGUAGAGUCAGUGAGAACUUAGUUUCAAGUGACAGUUCCAAUGUGGAGAUCCUUAGAAGGAAAAUGGAGGGGCUAUCAAAUGGUUUGCUAUUAGAAAGGAUGGAAGAGGAGUAUGGAUCUAUGCUCUCUACAGCCAAUAGUUCUGUUGCUAGUUCUGCGUCCACUUCUCAAAGAAUUGAAUUUGCAGAUUCAUCUUCUUCAUUAGUGAGACAACCUUACAAGGAGAUUGUAUCCCACGAAGAAAAUAUGUGCUCAGGACAUUGCAAGGCUAUAGUUAGAAGAAUUGUAGAACAAGUUCGAGCUGAGACAGAGCAAUGGUCGCAGAUGCAGGAGAUGCUGGGGAAGGUAAGAGAGGAGAUGGAAGAAUUGCAUGCUUCCAGAGACUUUUGGGAAGAUCGAGCCCUUGAUUAUGAUUACCAGAUGCAAUCACUACACUCUGCUGUGAAAGAAUGGAGGCAGAAGGCUGCAUCAUCUGAAUCAAGAGCAAACGAGCUAGAAUCGAAAAUCUCAAAACUAUCUGGGGAGCUAGAAAGGUUGAAGAAAGAGGAGGAAAAGAAAGAAGAAACAAAGUCAAAAUGUACACCAUCACUUACACCAUGGGAAGCACAAAAUGAAAUGGAGAAGAGGGUAUUGGUUUGUCGCUUGAAGGAGAAUCAUCAAACCUAUGAAAAUAAAAGCAGCAGCAAGCACAAGUUCACAAGUGAUUUGAAUAAAAAAGCAAACACAAAGAGCAAUGGACUUGUUGCUCCGAAGAGAUCACCUUUCCAAGAUAUUGGGAAUUCAUCUGUUUUAGACAGGCAGCAGAGCAACGCAAACUUCCCUUUGCAUUGCCCUCUGCCCCCAAAUACAAGCAAAAACUUUUAGAGAGAUUCAUCUUCAUCGCCUACUGAUUAUUCUAAAUUCAGUUAUUCGAAGAGACAUUGAUUGUACUAAAAGUUAAAAGAGGAAUAUUUUGACAUGAUGGAUGGCAAUUCAAUGGGUUAAAAAUAGAGUAUCUAAGUAAAUAUUUGAAAAUCAAAUAUAUUAAGAGUGGU